AAAAAAAACCUUAAACUCCAAACCACUGGAACUCUUUUGUUUCAGUCAGCUUCUGUCAUAGAGAUUGUUCAAUCUCUAGCCGUUACACAAAUCAAGGCCAAUCGCUGAAUCAACAACAAGAAUAGCAACAGCAACAAUAGUAAUCCUGUGUGCUUCUAGUAAUUAAUAGCUCAAAAAACCUCAAUAAUUUAUUCUUCUGUAAAUAGUGUAAAUAAUGGCUCUCGUAGAAUCACCAAGACAUUUCAAUAGAAAUGUAGAAUCGAGUGCUUUUGCUUCCGAAGGCUAUCACUAUAGUUUAACAACAAAUCUAAGACAAAAAACAGAUAUUUCCAGCGGAUGCAAAGAUAAUAUCUCUAAAAACUAUCAACAGGUGUUAUCUUCCUCUCCCACUGUUUUCCAUAAGAAGACCCAAGCAAGACACGUUCCUCAAUCAGUAUCUCCCUCCAAACUCUAUGCAACAUCAAAUCAACAAGCUGAAACAUUUACUGCAUUCCUUGGUACCUUAUCAGCCAAUAGAAAACAUCAACUAGAGAAGAUAACACACAUUCCAGCAGAAAAGAAGGCUGGUUUUUACUCCCCUAAUUACUCGUCGUUUGGAAAUUAUCAGAACCUUAAAAAGAAGAAUUUCAAACACUAUCCCUACUCUCUGGCAGAUCAAUACUCUGAACAUCCAUUUUCCCUGAGCGAUUGUUUGGAGAGUGCCAGAGAAUUGUACAAUGAAAGUAGACCAGUUCAACAAAACAGCAGCACUCCAAGCUAUGCAAGACCAACCUCAACCUCCAGAUCACCAACACCUUCCUCUAGUGCCAGACUCACCUUUACAAAAUCAGAGAGUUCAAUGAGCAUUCCCCCAACCCCUAGAUCCACAAUACCUCGUCCAAGUAGUUCAAGACCACAAAGUUCGAGGUUAGGUAACAAAUCUGCAACUCUGUCCUCUACAAAAACAAGCUCCACCUUUGUCACAACUUUCAGUAACAGCUCAAGUCACAAGAGUACAGUCAAACUGUUGAGAAAUUUACAUGACCACAAGGAAUUUGAAAAGGAAAUUUUGGCUGAAGAAAAGGAGCAACGAAAGAUUGAAAGAAUUCAUGAGCAACAUCGGAAAACAGAUCUCUUUAAUCCAGACAAACAAAUGAGAGAGAUUGAUGAUUUUGAAUUGCGAAUUGGAUUAAAAAAGAAAAAACAAUAAAUAGGAUUCAAAA